AUGAACACUUAUCGUNUUAUCGUUGCCUACAAUAUUGCUGCCGUUUUAAUCAAUGCCUAUGUUGUCAUGCUAGCACUUCGAACACUAUUAACUCGUUCCUAUCGUAUUUAUUGCCAGCGUGUUCUCCAUACUCCAGAUGAUUAUUAUCUAUCGGCUGCUGUGUGGUGGUAUUUCAUAUCAAAAGGAUUUGAAUUUCUUGACACAUGGUUUUUUAUCUUGAAAAAUAAAUUUACACAUGUUACUAUUCUUCAUGUGUACCAUCAUGCUACAAUGUUUCCAAUAUGGUAUUUAGCAUCGCGGUAUACGCCCGGUGGAGAGGUUGCUCUUCCGGUUAUAGUUAAUGCGUGCGUUCAUGUCAUCAUGUAUCUUUAUUAUGGAUUAGCUGCAAUGCAUAUCCAACGAAAACAAUUAGCAAGAGUGAAAUUAUUUGUCACCAUAAUUCAGAUUAGUCAAUUUGUAGCCGCAGCUAUUGGUUGUAUGUUCCGUUUUCAUACCAUGUUUAUUCAUCAUGAUUCGACAUGUUACGAAUUUCCACUAUUAUUUGUUAUAAUAUUUUUAGCACAUUCAACAUCGUUACUAUUUUUAUUUUUAAACUAUUUUCUGCACGAAUAUGUUUGGAAACAAAAGAAACCAUCGACGUUAACAUUGAAAGAUACUAAAAAAGAACAUUUACCAACGAUAAAAGAUAAUAAGAAGCAAAAGAAUAGUUACUCUCAUUAUCAAAAUGGCUAUGUCUCUAAAAAACAUGAAUGA